CUUCUAUUGGCACCUUAUCUCUAAGUUGAAUCUUGCGAUCCCGACUAUGUAUACCAAGUGAGGGGGUUAGAGGAAGGUGUUGUCGCUUUGGAAGUAGUCACCGCUAUCGUUAUCUCGGUACCUAUGGGUAUAUCUAAUAACAUUACUAAAGCCGGUGAGUGCCCAGUGCUCAUGGGCUAUCGGUAAGGCCUGGGGCCGGGCAUAACUUACCUGGUCGACCUACCGUAGUAAUUGAGUAUCUACCAAGGGAGGCACUUGGUAGGGGUGUUGUGUGGUUUGUAAGAACUACUGCAGGUAAGCGGUAAAUACUUCCUCCCGGAUUUAUAAUCAGGGGCUAUAAGUUUGAGAGGCGAUGCUCUUCUCGUUUACGCUACAGCCCACCUCUAUUCUGCUACUACGACGAGACCUAUUUUCAUUUACGUUGAAUAAAACUCACUAUGCCGACCGGAAGCUGCCUCUGUGGAGCGAUCAAGGUUGCCUAUGAAGGUGAACCAGCAUUCCGCGCGGUAUGCUAUUGUCACGACUGCCGUAAAAUGGCAAACCUGCAGGUUUUCCAAGUGCCGAAGGUCAACUUCUCAGUGACGCAGGGCCAGCCGAAGAUAUAUACCAAAGUGUCGGACCAUGGCAAUGAAAUAUCUAACCACUUCUGUGAAACUUGUGGCACGACCUUAUAUCGAACCGGCGGUGCUGCGAUAAACCACGACAAGAUAGGCCUGCGUGCUGGCGUGUUGGAUGACCAAACACCUCUAGAUACCCCACCCACAAUGGAAGUUUACGUCGAGCAGCGUCCGCCGUGGGUAAAAAGGGUAGAGGGUGCGGUACAGUUGAGCAAGAAGUACGAAGUCGUUACCGAGAAACCUCAGGACUAGAUUAGUAGAAGUGAUGUGAGAUGAGACAUUGCUAAGAUCAUGUCACAUAUUAUCGUCGAGCCUACUACUGUAUGUAGGUACCUACUCAGAUAACUACCUGCUGUACCCAUAAUAAAA